AUUCCGCUCUCGCGGCCGCCGCCCCCGCCCCCCGCGCCCGCCCCCGCCCGGUCCCCGCCACCGCCGGCGCCGCCGCCUGCCCAGCGGCCCGGGAGGCGGAGGCGCGGGGGAGGAGGCCCCGCUCGGCUCCGCAGCCCCGGAUGCUGCAUGACUUCAUCCUUCCGCCGGCUCCCCUGCUGAGCUAGGGCCGGUCCGGCAGCCCGCCCGCCUCUCGCGCCCGCCGCAGUCUCGCGCCCACCCCGCGCCCGCCAUGUCCGAGAUCCUGCCCUAUGGGGAGGACAAGAUGGGCCGCUUCGGCGCCGACCCCGAGGGCUCCGAUCUCUCCUUCAGCUGCCGCCUGCAGGACACCAACUCCUUCUUCACGGGUAACCAGGCCAAGCGACCCCCCAAGCUGGGCCAGAUCGGCCGAGCCAAGAGAGUGGUGAUCGAGGAUGACCGGAUAGACGACGUGCUGAAGGGGAUGGGGGAGAAGCCGCCGUCCGGAGUGUAGACGCGCCGGCUCGGGCGGCGGGCUCCGCGCCCAGCCCCGCAGCGGCCAGGAGCGCGGGCCGGCGAUGCGGCUGCCGGCGCCCCCGACCCCGGCCCCGGCGCCCGCAGGCGGGGGCUGCCGGGCUGCGCCUCCUCGGGGUCAGAGUCGCUGCCGCCGCCGCCAGACGCUCCGGAGCUGUCCGCUUCAGCACCACGGCGGCGGCGGGAGCGGCGGCGCAGACCAGCCCGGAGCCCGCCGCCGAGCUCAUGCACUUUAGAACCUCGGGCCGCAGCCCCACCCCGCGCACCGGAACGGACACAGAGACCCGCGGCUCUCAGCCCCCGGCCCGGCCCGGCCCGCCCCCUCCCGCACGGCUCCCCUGCCCCGCCCCUCUCCGGCCAGUCUCGUCUGCAGACUCCGCCGGCGUCGGACCGCGCGGCCAGGGAUGUGAGGCUGCGUAUUUGCAUGAGCUUCCCACCCACCUGAGCCCAGCCCUCCAGGCCGCUCCUCGCCCCCAUCCCUGUCUGAUGUGACCCCAGCCUCAGCCUCUUUCUAAGGGACUUCCUCAGCACAUUUGUAUUUUUAUAUCCGACUCUUUGUUUACUGGCUCCCCUCAUGGUUCCGCCCCCCCACCCCCAACCCCACGGUCUCGACCACGCUCUUCUGCGCCUGGCAGAUAGGACUGUGUUGAGUCUGGGAUGGGACAAGCCCCACAUGGUAACCAACCACACGAUCAGUCUGCCCAGGCCUGACCCCAGGUAGCUCUCCGGCAGACCCCGCCCCUCCUCGCCCCCCACCCCACAACAAAGUAUCACCUUCCCAGGGCCCAAGUCUGAUUUUACCUUGGACGCCUGGGUCCCCGAAUGGGGGCUGCUCUGAACCUUUGGACAACACCUGUGGCCCCAGAGAUGUUCUCAGCCCAGGAGUGUCCUUUGUAAAUGUUCCUUCAUCUUCACUGUACCAGGAGUGUGUGAAUAAACACAGACCUCCCUGUGUGUGUGUGGCCACUGCUUUAGUCUGCUCAGGGUCAGACCAAACUGCCUCCAGUUCCUUUUGGGGAGGAAGGGGGCAGGUGCUUGGGAAUCUCAGGUGCAUGUUACCGGCAGGGAAGGGUUGCCAAGUAAACACAGGCUAGCCAGCCUGGCCUGAGAACAGCAUCACAAUGUGGCCUCCUUGGGUAAAUAUACAACCUAAGCAGAACAGAUUGCUGGGGCUAGAGUUAGGGUCAGAAGCAUCAAUCAGUCUAAAAACAGCCACCUGUGGCUAAAUGCAGGUUGGAUGGUGGUCAGUA